ACUGCUUCCAGUUUUGAAUAACCGACUUUAAAGCUACCAAAAAAUGUUUCGAUGCAAUGAUUACAAAAAAUGAACAACAUUUUAGUUUGUAGAAUGUAAAUUAUUAAUACCCAAUGCUAAAGUAACAGAGAACACAUGAAACAAUGACGCUACCAGCUCGCCUUAUCCCGGCCCGGCGAGUGGUUGUGACGGGGGUAGGACUUGUUACAUGUUUAGGUAUAGGAAAAAACAAAGUAUGGAACAGUCUAAUUAAUGGAGAUAGAUGUGGAAUACGAAGGAUUAAGGAUGAAGAGUUCCCACCAAGCAUUCCCUGUAAAAUAGCAGGAUAUAUUCCUGAGAGGGUCACCGAUCUCUUUACGGCAACUGAGCAGAGACAUUUGUCUGAAGGGAUAUUGUAUACACUGACUGCAGCAGAGGAAGCUUUGACAGAUGCCAACUGGAAACCUUGCACACAAGAACAACUAGAAAAAACGGGUGUGGCAGUGGGUAUGGGAUUGAAUGGAAUGAAGGAAAUAUACACAACAGCUGACAGAUUGUUUAACAAAGGAUAUAGAGAGGUGAAUCCAUUCUUUAUGCCAAAAAUUUUGAUCAACAUGGCUGCUGGGCAUGUCAGUUUAAAAUAUGGAUUUCAGGGUCCUAACCAUGCAGUAUCCACUGCUUGUACAACUGGUCUUCAUGCUGUGGGGGACGCGUUCAGGUUCAUACAGAGAGGAGAGGCUGAUGUAAUGGUAGCAGGCAGUGCAGAGGAAAGCCCUAACCCCCUGAUUGUAGCAGGGUUCUCAAGGAUGAGAGCAUUAUGUACAAAGUUCAAUGAUUGCCCUGCUGAAGCCUCUCGUCCGUUUGACAAAGACAGAGAUGGGUUUGUGAUGUCAGAGGGAGCGGGAAUCUUGAUUCUGGAAGAAAUGUCUCAUGCAAUUAACCGUGGGGCAUCCAUCUAUGCCGAAGUGUUAGGGUACGGUUUAUCAGGUGAUGCCCACCACAUGACUGCCCCAAGAGCAGAUGGACAGGGUGCAUACAGGUGCAUGAUGGCAGCCAUUAAAGAUGCAGGGGUCAACCCAGAGGACAUUGGGUACAUCAACGCCCAUGCUACUUCCACCCCAUUAGGUGACAGAGCUGAGAGUCAAGCAAUAUGGAGGAUAUUUAAGGAGUGUAAUCAUAAACCUUUAGUGUCCUCAACAAAGGGGGCCCUGGGACAUAUGCUGGGGGCAGCAGGAUGUGUGGAAGCAGUCAUUACUGUUUUGUCCUGUCACUCAGGAGUGGCCCCGCCCACACUCAAUCUCCACCAACCAGACACUGGAGUGGAACUCGAUUAUGUCCCAUUGGUAUCCCGGAAAUGGAAUGCUGAUGUAAGGACAGCUUUAACUAAUUCAUUUGGAUUUGGUGGGACAAAUGGGACCCUGUGUAUAAGGUCAUUUAGUGAUCCUGUCUGAUUUCUAAUGUUUGACAUACUUGUAUUGCUGUUGAUUGCCUAAAAUAGUGUGCAAAAUGAUGUUUGUUAUUACAACCUUUUACUACAUCAAAUUAAAGGUUUUUGUUUCUCUGUUUUAUUUACAUGCAUUGGUAUUCUUUUAGCUAGUUUUCUGCAAAACUGAUCUAUGCAAGAGACUUUAUAAAGUGCUAAAAAUAGUUUCUUUUCCAAAAUGUAUGGCAUCAUGAUAUUAAGAAUUACAAGUGAAUUACAAUUGACAGUAAAAUAAAGAAUAAACUUUGUACUUGCACAAAGGACUUAGUGCGGUAUGGUCAAAUAUCUGCCCCCGAUUUCAGCCAAUUCUUAUAUUGUAUCGUAUAAAAAUCAAAUUUUCAUAAAGGCGGAUGCCUAUUUGUUGCCUAUUAUUUAGUCAAGAUUAGGGAAUUCGAUUUGAGAAGUGUUUAUUAAAUCUGUUAUACAAGUUGUCAACCCAUGGGGCUUUUUUGGAAUUGAUCACUUGCCAACUGUAAUGAUAACCUCAUAAAAGCUACAAAAGUUAUAAACUUUCUGCAAAUUACACAGUUUAAAUCAAACGCAUUUAAAAGUAUUGAAUAUAAAUUCUAAUUGAUUUCUGACCGGGUCGGUCAGUAAACGCCCGUUUUUGAAAUAUACAUUAGUGCGUGAUGUGAAAAGCUAAUUUUAGAACGUUCAAAAGACUUUGUUGGCCCGUUGGCAGUGGAAUAACGUGUUCGAAGAGAAAACAAGAAAGCAUAUAUUGACGCAGACCCAAAAAAUAUAAUUGUUGUAUGAAUCAUCAUUGGUAGUUUACAUAAAGACACACCAAACAGAAGAAAAUAACGAGUUGGUUUACUAAUUUUUAUGGUAAAUUUUAAUAUAUUUUCAGCAACACGUUUUGAAAUUUAACAUUUUACUAUUAUUAUUAAGAAUCGAGUUCGUUAGAAUUUCUAACGGUAAUUGUAUGACCAUUGCCAUUGUGUGAAGUUUAAAAUUGAUUUGUAUGCAUUCUAAUACAAAGUUCAACUCAUCAUUAUUCUCUUGGAGAUUAUGUAUUUCAGAUCAUUUUUGUUGCAUUGUAUUGAAUUAAAACUAAAUACAUUA